AUGUCGCUCUACAACAUGCACGUUGCCUAUCCUGGCGUCUUCGCUCCAAUGGUCAUGGACGAGGACCUGCGUAAACCGAGCAAAGCCGAGCUUAUGCCCACGAACUUCUGGCUCAGGAUAUUCGCUCUGUGCAGCUCCGCAAACCCAGACGACUUGAUCCAGAUCGGCGCGGUGUGCAGCCGCUGGAGAGAAUCGGUCCUCGGCAACCCUCCUCUUUGGAACACGCUCAACUUGACAGAGCCAAACCCUCGUCUUCGGACGCAACUGUGGAUGGAGCGAUCGCAGGGUGGGAUUGAGGACCUGCGUAUAAAUGCAAAUGUUGGUAGCGGUCGGCUGCGCUCUCCGGAAUGGAUGGCUGCUUUCGCCAUGUUCCGAAGGCUGCGACCAGAGCGGACGCGUCGUCUGAAGAUCCAUGCCGGCUGGCUAGACGUGAUAUGGCUGUUAGAUACAGCCCUCGAGCCCUUCAGCACCAAAGCGUUGCCACUACUGGACUCGCUCGUCAUAUCAACACAAGGGGACACCGUCGACAUCAACCUGGAGGCGUUCUGGAAAUGUGUCAUGUGGCAUCUAACCGCUGCCGCCGACCCUCGCCUGCAGACCUUGGUCCUUGACCUACACGCCAUGCCCCGAGCAGCGCCAGGGCUACGUCCGUAUCGUGAGGUAUCAGGUGUUGCGACGGGAAGGAACUUCGGUCACCUGCGCGUACUCGAAAUAACCUGCCUUGAUGGCCGUCACUUGCUCACCCUCAUGGCGCGUUGCCCGGCCUUGGAGCAACUGAAAGUAUGGAGCCCAGAUGUCUCGCAACCCGUGUCGGUCGAGUUUCCCCCACGGAACGGCCCUCGUAUCCAAAUGCCACGCCUCCGCGAUAUCAAGCUCGCGCUGAAGGACACGGAACUCUUCGCGUUCAUCUACGCCCCAGAAUGGCGAUCGCUGACCUUCGGCGCCAUGCCCAGGUCGGCGGACGCCCUCCUCAGGCUCCGAUUCGGCCUGGCCUCGCUGAAGCGCUUGGUGUUGACCCAGCCAUCGCCGGCGGACCUCUGCGUAUACCUGGAACAUACGCCGAACCUGAACGAGCUCGAAAUCUGUGAUUCGCCGAUGCCCGACGUCCUCAUACACUGCCUCUUCCCUCGAUGGGUCAAAGAACUAUACCCUCCACCACCCACUUCACGUUUGGGAUGCCUGAGCUUCCGCUGCUCCCUUCUUACCUUUCGCCCGACAAUCUCAUUGACCCAACUGAGAAAAGUCGUGGACAGCCGAAGGGAUUAUGGACCACCCUACGCUCCGCUCGAAGUGCUGAAAAUCCAUGGGUACCAGCUCACCGAGGAAGAGGGCCAAGAUUCGGCGCUAGAUAAAGGAUACCUCUCGCAAUUGCGGUUCGCCCCAGACCGCCCAGGAAGAGGUCUGAGCCUCCCGAGCCACUGGAAUCCCGGUGUCCGCGUACUAGCACCCGGAGAUUACAACCUCUGUUUUCUGCAACAGUCCACGAAGAUGCCGCAGAUUGCUUUCUAUACGGACACGGAGAUCCACUAUCCUGGGACGUAUCCAUGGGAGACCAAAGUGGUCAAGCGUUUCCGAACUGACACUAUACCAGUGGAUAUAUGGCUGCAGAUAUUCACGUUCUAUGCUGCCGAAAGGACGACCGGUGUGUAUCGUAUCGGGGCUGUCUGUAGACACUGGAGGGGAAUCGUGCGCGACAAUCCGCUUCUUUGGAAUAGGUUCCUUUUACACGCGCAGAUCGCCCGUCCGGAUCUCAGGGCACAACUAUGGGUGGAGCGGUCCAGAGGACGUAUUGGAACCCUGCGCAUAACCUCGCGCGGGGGCUACGACAAUAUCCGUACGGCGGUGUGGCUUUACGCGUUAGCUGCACUCGGGAGUGGACUUCAACCCGAUGGCGCGAAGGAACUUGACAUCAGCGCUCCAUGGCAAGAUGUUGUAUGGCUCCUGGAGGAGGCCCUCAAUCCGUUUGUCGCCAAGGCAUUACCGUUACUCGAUACGCUCAAGAUAGCCACGGUCGCAGACGGCAGUACGAUGGACGUUGACCUGUUCUGGAGAUGCUUCAUUCGGCACUUGGAUGUCUCUCCCGAUCCUCGAUUACGACACCUAGCCUUCGACCUGCAUGCCCCAAGUUUGGGGCGUAGUACCUUCCAUACGUAUCGCGAACCCCCACAGAUUGCGCCGGAAACCUAUUUCAGACGGUUGCGAUCCAUCAACGUCAAUUUUUUCGAGGGUCAUCAUCUCCUUACUAUCUUGGAGCGUAGUCCCAUACUGGAAGACUUGAGCCUCGGAAGACCUGGUUCACCGAUCGCGGUCCCCAUUCGCUUCCCGGCAUAUUACGGUCCUAGGAUCGAGAUGCCUCGGCUUCGUAAUGUUCAGCUCUCCGUGGAGGAUUCCGAACUCUUCAACUACAUUCGCGCUCCGGGCUUAGAUCGUCUAAAUAUCGGUUCAAGGAUGUCACCAGCCGGUCUUUUCCGCCAUGGCUUGACCUCAUUGAGAAAUCUACUAUUACCCUUCGCAUCUGCCGACGAACUCUCCGCGUAUCUCAAAAAUGCUCCCAACCUGGAUGGUCUCCAUAUCCGGGAUCCACCCUCUACGCUGGUGAUGCACGAGCUCAUCACGACACUCCUCCCUCCUUACUCCGAAAACGGCGAGCGAUCACCCCCUGGCCUCGUCUCGAAGUUGCGGCAUCUUACUUUAGAAUGCAGUGACAGCCGUCGAUUGCGGGAGAGCAUCAAUACGGACGUACUGGUCGCAUUGAUCGAAGUGUUCAUACCGGCGCCGUAG